AUCCUCCUCUUAUGCCCAACUUGUCACCGCGCGGCGGCGGAGCGAAGCGCCGGACGGCGGCGGCCUCUCCGGCUAUCCGGCGCAGCGGGGGCAACCAGCGGAGAGAACCGCGAAGGGUGGGGACAGCAACGCUAAGGUUCGAUGGAGUUGGCGGUUGCGACGGCGGAGCGGGAGGAGGCGAGCGCCGGCUCCGUCGACCUCGCCGGUGACUCCUCGUCGAGGACGGGCCGACGAGCGGAGAUGGGGAGGCGAAGCGAGGAGCUGCUCGGAUCCGAGGAGCGUGCGGCUUUCAAACCCUACCAAAUCUGCCCCAGCUCAGCUAGAAAGGCUAAGAUCAGAACAGAGCAUCUCCGCGCCUGCACAGCACUCCUUGGAUUCGCAAUUAUUGGGGCAACUCCACUAUAAAAAGCGAGCCAUCCACAAGAAGUAAGAACACCGCAACAAAGCAAGCACACAACAAGGACAAGACAGGAACUGAACAACCACCUCUGAAAGCUUUACAAGUUCACAGGGGGACUAACUGCGAAUGAACAUCCAGAGGAAGCCAGGAGACUGGAACUGCAAAUCGUGCGAGCACCUCAACUUCAGCCGCCGGGACUACUGCCAGCGCUGCCAUACCCCGCGCCAGGACCUGCAGUUUGGCAAUGGCCAUGUCACAGGUGGUGUGCUGACCUCCUUGGACGUUCGCCCGGGCGACUGGUACUGCAACUGCGGCUAUCACAACUUUGCUAGCCGAGCAAGCUGCUUCAAAUGUGGCGCCAUUGUGAAGGACCUUCCAGCAGGCCAAGGUGGUGGCAUCGCCGACGGAGACUUUGCUCGUGCUGCUCUGGACAGCAGCGCAGUUCGUGCUGGGUGGAAAUCAGGCGACUGGAUAUGCGCAAGGCCUGGCUGCAAUGUACACAAUUUUGCAAGUAGGAUUGAGUGCUAUAGGUGCAAUGCACCUAGGGAAGCAGCAGGUAAUGGGAAGUAAGAGAGGACUGAAACGACCAAGAUCGUGAGGUGUGACGAGCUGGCCGAGGAUGAAUAAAGUGACUGUUGUCAGUUGUUACGCUCACCCAGAAACUAUGGAUGAGAGAACUAUGUAGUAACGUGCUGAUAUAUUGCUAAGUGUACUGCAUGGUUGCAAGGGUGGUAGAAGUACCUUAGCUUCCAAAUUGUUACGUGUGAGUUUUAAUUUUAGCUUUUUAAGUAAGUCCAGAGAUUGCUGGAUUGUACGGGGUAAUGCACUUGCAUUAUCCAUUAUAAUCAUAGCAUCCAAUAUAAUUAUGCAAUAAUUUGUUGGAGUAUGCCCUCAACUUGAGUUUGAAGGCUUUAUCUGUUGUUCUUACAUUGUGUUUACUCAUGACUUUUUUUUU